AUGGCGAGCAAGGAAACAAACCCUCUGAAUGACCGGUAUCGUGAGCCCUCUAGCAAUCAGGGUCACGGGGAUCGGCUCGAUCGACGCGCCGAGUUCGAAAUGGGAGUAGCGCAGGGAUACGACGCGAAAGAUGUGAGACGGGUACAGGACGUCUCGUCGGCUGAGUCGUCUGACCCAUACGACUUCUCGCGGUGCGAUCCGAAGCGCCAGAUCGAGCUGCAGGACAAGAUCCGCGCUGAUCGCGUGGCUCGCCGCCUCGUCCCCGCGAAUGUGUUCCAGAAGUACUUCAACUACGUCGUGCCCUACGGCGGUCUGGUUUCCACCGGCCUCAACCUGGCCAGCUCCUCCAUUGGUGCGGGCAUCAUUGCGCUACCCUACGCCUUCAACGCCUCUGGUCUUGUUAUGGCCAUCAUCUAUAUGGUCAUGAUUGCCUACCUCACCAUCUACUCCUACUACCUGCUGGGGCAGACGGGCGCGAAGACUGGCCUGCGCAACUACGAGCAGAUCGUGCGCACGCUCAUGGGCCCCGGCGCGGACUACUUCCUCGCCUUCUGCAUGUGGUUUCUCAGCUUUGGCGCGGAGGUGUCGUACGUCAUCUCCGUGAAGGAUGUGCUAACGGCCUUCCUCGAGGACGCGGACAGCACGCCGGCGUUCCUGCUGAACAUCUGGGGCCAGCGCCUUCUCACGUUCGUCGUGUGGUUCGUGGCCAUGCUGCCGCUGUGCCUGCCGAAGGAGAUCAACACGCUGCGCUACUUCUCCUGCGUCGCGAUUGUGUUCAUAGUGUACUUUGUGAUUGCAAUGGUAGUGCACAGCGCACAGAACGGCCUGCGCGCCGAUCCGCAGCCGGAGAUCCGGAUGUUCACGACGGGCAACACCGCCGUUUCCGGGAUGUCUACGUUCAUUUUCGCCUUCCUAUCGCAGCUCAACGCGUAUGAAUGUUUUGAGGAGAUGCACAACCCCACACCGCUGCGCCUCACGCUGGGCGCCACCAUCUCUGUGAGUAUUGUGUUUGUGCUGUACUUCCUCUCCGGCCUCUUUGGGUACCUGGACUUCGGCACCGAGAUGACCGGGUCCGCGCUGAAGAAGUACAGGCCGGUGAAGGACGUCAUGAUGGGCAUCGGCUACGGUGGUAUUCUGUUCAAGCUGUGCGUUGGCUACGGUCUGCACAUGAUCCCUGUUCGUGAUGCCAUCUACCACUGCGUCCGCGUGGACGUGCACACGUUUCCGUGGUGGAAGAACGCGUGCGUGUGUGCCCUCAUGGCGUGGCUGUCGCUGGUGGCUGGCCUGUUCAUCCCGAGCAUCAACGUCGUCUUCGGCCUCGUUGGCGGCUUCUCUGGCGGCUUCAUUGGUUUCAUCUACCCCUCCUUCAUGGUGAUGUACGCCGGCAACUGGUCGCUGUCGUCGGUCGGGUGGUUCCACUACCUGUCCACUUACUUUUUGCUGAUUGUCGGUGUUGUGGGCGUCGUGUGGGGCACGGCCAGCGCCAUCUAUGGCGAACUUUGA